AUGUCCGACCGAAGGGGAGGCACUGCUAGAAAACACCCCCGACGUAAGUUUAAAUUUUCUAAAAUUUACAUAGAGAAAAUUUUCAGGCGGUUCCUUCAGGAACCCCCGUAAACGAUUUCUUCCUGGGGGAACGGCUCAAGAUCCGUUGAACCUUGCUAAUGUCCAAACUGAAAACUGCGACGACGAAGCUGAUAAAGCCUUACGACCGGUAAUUUUUUACAUGUACGAGUUUUCACUCCGUUACUAGAAGUAUAAAUUUAGAGUGUAUUUCGAAAAAGUGAAGCUGAAAGUUUUCCAAAAAAAAAAAUGAAUUAAAACAUAGAGCAGAGUUAUCGAUACGUUAUAUAUGGCUCUGAUGAAUUUUUUUCUUAUUUUUAUAUAUGGCUCUGAUGAAUUUUUUCUUAUAAUUAAGUGAUUUUUUUAACUUUAAAAAUGAUUCCAAUUAUUUUAGAAAAGAUCACAAGAAUUGUAAAGGGAAACCUCAGUAUUUUAGUUUUGAUUCUAGCUCUUGCGGAACGGUCUUCUUCCAGAUUCGAAAUGCAUCUUUAAAUUAUUUAAAACUUCUUUUUAUCUCAAAAUUUCGCUUUUGUUAAAGAAUGUCUGCAGUAAAAAGCUCAUCAGUUGAACUUGAAUUUAUUUGCUAUUUUUAUAGAUAAACUGCAGCUCGCCUACGCUGGAACUUCCCAAGAAGAGGUAUAUUCAGUCGUAAAAUGGAAAUCGAUUGAUUAUUUUUUACAGGGCAAGGUACUCGGAUAUCGAUAAUAUAAAGAGUCCGAAUCAUUCUCCCAAAAAAGCGGUUAGUUGAUAGCAUUCUUUUUCUAGAAACUGAUAAAAAUUUGAGAAAAGGAACUCAUCCGGUAGUCCAGUUCGCAAGCUUCACGACAAGAAAUCGAAAGAGGAGGAUGCGGAAACAAAAGAAAAAGCGAAAAAUGCCGAAGAAUGCAAAAAAGUCAAGAAGGAGUAUUUCAACAAUAAGUAGGGAAUUAGGAAAAAAAACAAACAACCACGAUCCCGUGAUAUUUAGGUAUUGCUACGGUAACUUUGAUAGAUAUUAUGGGAUCCGUUUGAAUCCUGGGGAGAAAGAUCAGCGGCUGAGUGUUAUGAAGAAAGAAUGGUUUGAGAAGAAAAGUGUCCUUGACAUUGGUGAGAUCUAUUUUUCUAAAUGUUUAAUAAAAAGUUUCUUUUCAGGUUGUAAUGUUGGUUUUUUGACAUUAUCAAUUGCCAGAGAAUUUUGUCCCCGUCGAAUUCUUGGCAUCGAUAUUGAUGAAGUGCGUAUUUUGGUCUUCCGAUCUGCUAAUUUUAUUGAAAUUCCAGCAUUUGAUUGGCGUCGCCCGAAAAAAUAUUCGGCAUUAUUGCGAUCAAGAAGUCGCGGUACGUUUUUAAUUUUUUUAAGUUUUUGAAUAAUCUUUCAAUAAAAAAAUUCAUUAUAUUUGAUAUGUUUCAAGAUCUCGAUCAAGUAUUAAAAACGCAUAGACAAAAUCUCCUUGCAGUUUGGAGGCGAUUUUUUUUUUCUACAUUUAGGUCUUGUGACGCUUCUUUCCAACAUUUCAAAAAGACUGUUCGAAACAACUAGGAAUCGUCGAAGAAUAAAAUUUUCAAAAUUGAUCUUUUUUUGAAUGCUUUCUCUGUAUGUCGUUAACUUUUUUUUCUCGCUUGUCAUAAAAGUUCUGGAAACUUUCUUCCUAUUAUUUUCUCUUGUAGAAUUACAAAACCUUCUUGUAUUAUUUAAACAAUUUCUGAGUUUCAGAAAAUUAAUAACUUUUUACUCUCAAUUUUGAAGACAUUCAAUUCAAGGUAUUUUUCAGCUUCUUGGGAAGUAUCCCGCCUCCUUCGCCACGACUUUUGGACCAGUUUCACAAAGAAAACCAAGAGAUUUUGGGACAAAGUUUCCCGAUAAUGUGUGGUUUCGUAAAGAAAACUACGUGUUUGAACAAGAUGAAAUGAUUGAAAUGGUCAAUUUUCCCGAAAAUAAAUCUUUGAAAACAAAAGGAAUUUUGAGGUGGAGGAAGAGUUUGAUGUGAUUUUGGCUUUGAGUAUCACCAAGUGGAUCCAUCUCAACUGGGGCGACGAUGGAAUGCGAAGAUUCUUCAAACGCGCUUUCAAGCAGCUUUUACCAGGUUCUUCUUAUUUCUGUAAAGAAAACUUUUUUCAAUGUUGUCAGCCUUUUCACGGAUUCUUUCAGGAGGUCGUUUAGUCAUUGAACCCCAGCCGUUUGACAGUUACAGGAAGCGAUCAAAAAUGACUGUAAGUCCUCCGUAACCCUUUUUUCCUUCAUGUUGAAUCCAGGAAAAACUGAAAGAGAACUACAGCAAGAUUCUGUUCAAGCCAGAAGACUUUGAAAUGUACCUCAUUGAAGAAAUCGGGUUCGAAUCGGUUGAACACCUUGGCGUUACCUGCGCUAAGUCCAAAGGUUUCUUUUCUGUUUUUUUAUUGCUUCAUUUGACUUCUCUCAGGUUUCGAACGGAGUAUUGACGUUUACCUAAAGCCUCUGAAGCCGAAAGGAUCGAGUUCGAUUUCUGAACCUGAUGAUGAUUAAUUAUUUGCGGGUUAUAUUUUUCACCUCAACUCUAAAACAAGUUGUUCACACUUUUCAUGAUUGAGCAUGCUUCAUUGAUCAAUUUUCUGAUUGUUUAUAAUUCGUUUCACAUAAUAAUAACGAUGGAAUAAAGUUUUAUCCAAACUCUCCGAGACUCGAAGACUGGGGUAAAUGCGCUCUACUGCAAAUAUACGCUUUGGCUUCGAUGUACCGAUUUUAUUUCUCGUUGCACCUUUUAACUGUUUUCUCAGUUUUUUCUAGUUUCAUAGCUGUUUCUAAAAUCUUUUAACAACGAGGAGCCAAGAAAAUCGAAGAAUAGCUGAAAAGUAAUAUAAACUUCUUAUACUUUCCUCUUUUUCUUUAAUGUGCGUUUGAUGCUCAGGUUCUGCUACCGUCCAUGAUGAUGGCGGUAUUUUGAAAUUCUUUAUAUUUCAGUUGAUGUCCAACGUUGUUGGAGGAUGUCGACGGACGCCGAGACUCAUUACAAGAAAAGCUAACAUUUUAAGGUCAACCAAACAAGGUUGGACUUUAUAAAAAAUUCACUUCUUGUACACAGCUGUAGUCCUUUUGAAAUAUUUCGAUGAUGUGUGUAACGAGCAUUCAAAAAAUCCCUCGAAACGAUGAGACGUUUUCGAUGUGACUUUGAGUCAUACUACAAACUAUAAGGUGAAAGCUGAAAAAACAAAUUAAAAAGAACAUUUUUUUUAAAACAUUUUUUUCUACAGCUUUGUUUAUUACAGUUUGUGCUUUAAUGUGGUUUUUUUGAUGAAAAGUAUUCCAAGCUCGUUAUUUCAGCGGAGCGCGAAGCAGCUGAACAACGGAGUCGGGAAGAAGGAGAGGAAAACCCUGAUGUAAGUAGAUUUAUUCGAAACAAUUAUAUAAAGAUCUGUUUUUUGAUGAAAUGUAUUUGGCAUUUUAUUUUGGAUUUAUAUCAGUUGGAAAAAAAAUAUUUUUUCUGUCAUUCUAUCGUUGCUUUAAAAAAAUUACUUUGAGCUGCAGGAAGAUGAAGAAUCCGACGAAGUUUAUCGAGAAAAACCUCUUCCCGGUUCGUUUUAGCUUAUUUUUUUUGAGUCAAUUUUUUUUUCAGGCGUUGCUGACGAAGUGGAAUCCUAUCCGUGCAAAUUUUGCGUUGAAAGGGUUUUCUUGACGGCACAAGGCUUGGAAAAGCACGGAAAGAUGGAACACAAAAGCAAACUUGAUGAGGUCUUUUUCAAAAUUUUUUAGUCAAACAUUUUUCAUUGUUCAGCUCGCUACACACAUCACGACAAUCCGCAACGAGUGGAGGAAACGAGAGGUUUUUCGUUAACUUCUCAUUGUUUUGACGCCUGAGUGCUUCUAGUUCGAAAGGUCUCGCGUACGGCAGAGGAUCCAGAUGGCUCGACUGCGACAAGAAGAUCGCGCUCAUCAGAACGUUCGUGAAGGACGAGGUUUUUUUGAUAAGUUGUCGAAUAGAAUUUGUUAGCUCAAACUGAUUAUCAAUCUCCGUUUUUUUAUAAAUUUUGAAUUUUUUUCGUGGUUUAUACAAAAUGUGUUUGAAAAAAACAAGAAAAAAAGUUUUUUUCAAUUUUUCACCAACAUUAGAACUAAUUUGAAAAAAAUAAAAAAAGUAUUGAAAGUUUACGACGAAAAAAAUAGAAAAAAACUUCAAUUUAGAAUAAAUAGUUUGAAAAAAACUAGAUAAAUUGAAAAAUUUGGUUGAUAAUUUCAAAAUAUUGCGUUCUUUCUAUGUACCUCAGAAUGAUCGUAAAAGUCUUAUUCUGCAUAAUUAUAGUUUUUUUUCUACUGAAGCCCUAAUUUGAUUUAAAAAUGUAUUUGUGUGUUGAUUACGGCCCUGAAAACGAAAUUCUAUUUUUUCUUGAAAUUUCAAGGUGGCUUUCAAGACCAAUAUUUUCUAUACUGAAGCUUGCUUUGGCAAAUUUCAAAGAAAACUUUUCAUUGAAAAGAUUUUUAGUGAUUUUUGUUCAAAAUCUGUCGUUUAGACCCUACUGAUCAUUUCGAAUCGUGUACAAUAUGUCACGUUCUAAUCAACAUGGCUCAUCCAACUGCAAUGGAGUCGCAUAUUCGAGCUCACAAAAAGAACGACGAGCUCCGCGUUCAUCUUUUGGAUCGAUAUGGAGCCGAGGUCGGCAUUUUCUUUUUUAUUACGAUAUUCGUUUCUCAGUUUGUCGCGACUUUGACCUGCGAAGCUUGUCAACUUGUUUUCACGGAAGACCGAAAACUGCAGAUGCACAUUGCAACUUGUCAUUCCAGGAAGAAAAGGUUCCACUCUUCAAAAAAAGUAUUAUCCGCAAGUUUAUAUUUGAGGUUCAUUUGUAAGUACUGCGGUACGAUCCUCCCUAGUGUCACCGAACUGAAUUUGCACAAAACUGACGUCCAUGGGAUUUCGAUCUCGAAUCCUCGGAUCAGAGUAAUUUUUCUCCAAAAAUUAGGCUCAUUUAUACUCUGCGUUCAGGAGUCGCUUCUGGCGUCAAGGAAACGUAAAAUUGACGAUUAUCAGGGCGAUAAUUUGUACAAAAAGGAAAAUGCGACGAACUACGGGAAAAGUCAACCUUGUGGAACGGUGACUGCAGGGGACGCUCCUUGUCGGUUCGUUCUAUUUUUUUUUGAUCCAUGAAAGUUUUAUGUUUUGAUCAUUGAUCAAGGUGGAAUCUCAAUAAUACAUAUAUCAAUCAAAAAAUAUGCACUUUCGACAGUUUCAUCAGUUUGAAAGUUGGACAUUUCAGAAGUUACUGAACUAAGAAAGAACUUCUAAGCUCUUUUCUCAAGAAAUAUUUUUGAUUCAAUGAAAAAAAGUUGAGGUCUCUGAGCCCUUUUCCAAGAGCCCUUUUCCAGUAUUUUCUGCCCGGAUUGUGGAUUGCUUCUAAAUCGGCCGGCGUUGCUCGUCCGCCACAUGUUCCGCGUGCAUUCCAAGCACAAUUUCUCUUGCAUCGCAGAAUCUGGCGGACUGCCUUCUUUCAAGUUUCGUCUCCUUUUUUUGCCCUGGAAAAAAAUGAAUUUCUUGUAGAAUUGACGUGGAACGAGCACACAUCACCUGGACUUGUUGUGGCAUGAAAUUCGACGAUAGGUUUCCUUGAAUUUUUAGAAUCUAUUUGGAUAUAUCUCUGAUUUCAGGCGAUCUUUCAUUGGACACAGAAGAGAGGAACAUGUUAUGUCUAUCGAAGGCAAUCAAGUGAACUCGGCUCUAGGUUUUCUUUUUGGUUUUUUUUUAUUUCACCUGGCGAAAUUUAAGAAAUGGAACAACUUCCGAUCGAAAGUCCCGACGGCAAUUUCGAAGGUCAGCUUGUCACCGGCCCUGAUGGAACCAUGCAGGUUUUUUUUUCUCGUGUUCCUCAAAAGUUGUCCGAUUUUUCCAGGUCAUUAUUCCGGAUGGGGUCGAUCUUUCGAGUGAAAUAUUUGUUAUGAUGGAUCCUGGCGAAACAUUCGAUCCAAAGCAGUCUAAAGUGGGUUUUUCUUUUAAUAUAUGAUUUCUUACCAUUUUAAAGGUUCAAUUGGUUCAAGCACCGAGAAUGAUUGGCCAGGAAGAGCAUUUGAUGCAGGAAGAAAUUCAUGCCAUGUAUCCGGAGGUCAUUCAUUUGGUUUUGAACGUUUUUGACAAAUCCUGCUGUUUUCAGGAAGAAGGCGAAGUGAUUACGUUGACCGAGGAGCAGUUCCAACAGCUCCAGAUGCAAAUGGGAGACGAAUGGGGCAAUAUGGUGAGCGAGUUAUUUAGAUUCUUCAUAUCCUUAAAUCAUCAAAAGUUCGAAGUUUCUCUUCUUUUUUUGAAUCUUUCCCAAGAAACUUCCAUGAAAUUUUCCCCACGAAUUCUUGGCAUCGGAACUUUGGGAAGUGGGUCAGUUAAAGAUACAUUUUUUGGUGAAUUUUUUUAAUUGAAAAUCAGAGGUUGGGCAAACUAAAAGUAAUUUCAAUAGAUAGCAGAGUUUUAGAAAUUUUAAAGACUAUUUUUUUUUUACUUUUUCUGUGAAACCCAAGCAAUUAAAGGAAGUCGUGUUCGUGAACGAAGGGGGUAUAAUCGACGACAAGGGGAUGAUUCCCGACGACGGGACGAUGGAAGGGCCGAUGACGAUGUUCAAGAAAGAGUUGGUGGACGGCGACUACGAAGAGGUCAUCGAGGAAGGCGUCGUCCACAUCGAGGAGCACCUCGACGAGAUCGACGGCAACCCUCUUUUCGACUAA